ACACAUAGUAAAAAAAUGAAGAACACACACUCUUCCCACCCACCUCAAAAACAAAAUACCAUAUCUGCUUCCAAAAGGCUGUGUUUUACUAUUUUUAAUGCUAAUAUAUUUUUCUUAACAGUUGUUUCUUCUACUGAAAGCCUUCCUGUAGAUGCUGCAACAAUAGCAAGUUUGUUUUCUAGUAAAGUGGAUACCUUAGAUCUACCAAAUAACAAAAAAGCAUUUAUAUUAUAUAUUCAUCCAAAUGAAAAUACUGAGAUCCCUCCAUAUAGUGGACAGAUCUACAUUCCAGAGAAAUUAACACCUGAUGCAGUAGAAAAUGCUCAACAAACAGAUAUGGUAUUUAUUUCAACAAGCACUCCUAAUGAAGUUCGAUAUGAAUCAUGUAAAGUGAUACAUUAUGGUUCAGAAUCAACACCUCAAUCUGAGAGCUCACCACCGCCACCAGAAGAAUCCACUACAGAAGAAAUUACACCAUCUAUCACACCUACAGAAACUGCACCAACAGGAAGUGUUACAUCUUCUGAAACAACUCCUUUAUCAACUAGUCCAACUCCUUUUGUUAGUGGACCUACAGGAACAACAACACCCUGUACUCUGCAAAUGCAGUCUAUUGAGGCUGACAAGUCUGUUGAACCUGUUAAUUCACUAUCUAGAUACUCUCUCUAUGGCUUACCUCCUGGUUACAUUUAUCAAAUAAAUGUCUAUGCAAGUCCCACAGAAAUAGAAACAGAACCAUCUUAUCUUCUGACUCAACUCCAGUUAGAUACUCCAGUAUUCUUGGGAGAUGGGUCCUACAAAGCAAUCAAACGUGAAGGUGGUUUUACUAAUGAUGAUAUCAAGAGACUUACAGUUUUAGUUGAAAGUGAUCUUGAAUUUUACUACAAGUCAUCUACCUGGGAACUUUUGGUGUUUCAAUCCAAAGAAGGCAAAGUCUACCCUGUUGAACCUAAUACUUUAUAUUAUGAUAUAAUAGAGAACUAUAAUAGCUCUAAAUUGGAAUUAGAACAUCCAGCUUAUUUACAAGCAGUAACUGGUUCACUCAUUUCCUAUCAAAGAUGUGAAGAAACUUCAACUACAACACCUAAAGUAACAACAGGAACAGGACCAUCCUCAUCUGAAAGUACAGCUCCAACAGGAACUAAACCACCUGGAGUUACAACAGGACCAUCCUCAUCUGAAAGUACAGCUCCAACUGGAACCACACCACCUGGAGUUACAACAGGACCAUCCUCAUCUGAAAGUACAGCUCCAACAGGAACUAAACCACCUGGAGUUACAACAAGACCAUCCUCAUCUGAAAGUACAGCUCCAACUGGAACCACACCACCUGGAGUUACAACAGGACCAUUCUCAUCUGAAAGUACAGCUCCAACUGGAACCACACCACCUGGAGUUACAACAGGACCAUCCUCAUCCGAAAGUACAGCUCCAACAGGAACUAAACCACCUGGAGUUACAACAGGACCAUCCUCAUCUGAAAGUACAGCUCCAACUGGAACCACACCACCUGGAGUUACAACAGGACCAUCCUCAUCUGAAAGUACAGCUUCAACAGGAACUAAACCACCUGGAGUUACAACAGGACCAUCCUCAUCUGAAAGUACAGCUCCAACUGGAACAACACCACCUGGAGUUACAACAGGACCAUCCUCAUCUGAAAGUACUGCUCCUACUGGAACCACACCACCUGGAGUUACAACAGGACCAUCCUCAUCUGAAAGUACUGCUCAAACUGGAACCACACCGCCUGGAGUUACAACAGGACCAUCCUCAUCUGAAAGUACAGCUCCAACUGGAACCACACCACCUGGAGUUACAACAGGACCAUCCUCAUCUGAAAGUACAGCUUCAACAGGAACUAAACCACCUGGAGUUACAACAGGACCAUCCUCAUCUGAAAGUACAGCUCCAACUGGAACAACACCACCUGGAGUUACAACAGGACCAUCCUCAUCUGAAAGUACUGCUCCUACUGGAACCACACCACCUGGAGUUACAACAGGACCAUCCUCAUCUGAAAGUACUGCUCAAACUGGAACCACACCGCCUGGAGUUACAACAGGACCAUCCUCUUCUGAAUCUACAUCACCUGAAACAUCUCCAACUACACCAUCAUCAGCAACAGGUUGUUCCCUUACAAUGACACCUCAAUCUCCUGAUGGUAGUGCUAAAUAUGUUACAUCUACUUCACAAUAUGAUCAGAAUAGAAAAAUUGACUAUAUUAAUAAUAAGGAUAAUAAUCUUCAGAAGAUUAAUGCACCAAAUGGUUCAAAAGUGUUGUCUCCCACAGAUAAGUUGUCCUUUAGUGGUUCUGAAUUCAAAUACAUCUAUGUAGAGCUAGCACCUGAAAUUAAUGGAUCUCUUCCAAAGUCAGGAUCAUUUGCUAUAGACUACUUUGGUGGUUCAAUUUUCAAAGUUGAGGAUAAAGAUGGUAAAUUCCUUAACAUAUAUUUACUGAUUUUGAUUGUACCACCUACAAGUAUGCAACUUGAUGCAUCUUUUGAAGGAAAAGUAUUUAUUGCUAAGGAUAUUACUCUUGAGACAGUACAAGAAGCAAAUAAGAGACCUUCAGUGUAUGUUAUAUCAGACAAAGAUAAUAAAAUUACACAAGAAUCUUGUGAAGAAAUUCCUCCUGGUACAGAAUCCACACAGACAACUCAGGGCCCUCCAACAGAGCCACAAUUGAGUACUACAGCUGAAAUAGUUCCUACUACAACUAGUCCAAUAGUUUUUACAACUGAACAAACUUCAAGAAAAACUACAUCACCUGGAGUUACAACAGGACCAUCCUCAUCUGAAAGUACAGCUCCAACUGGAACCACAACACCUGGAGUUACAACAGGACCUUCCUCAUCUGAAAGUACAGCUCCAACAGGAACUACACCACCUGGAGUUACAACAGGACCAUCCUCAUCUGAAAGUACAGCUCCAACUGGAACCACACCACCUGGAGUUACAACAAGACCAUCCUCAUCUGAAAGUACAGCUCCUACUGGAACCACACCACCUGGAGUUACAACAGGACCAUCCUCAUCUGAAAGUACAGCUCAAACUGGAACUACACCACCUGGAGUUACAACAGGACCAUCCUCAUCUGAAAGUACAGCUCCAACUGGAACCACACCACCUGGAGUUACAACAGGACCAUCCUCAUCUGAAAGUACAGCUCCUACUGGAACCACACCACCUGGAGUUACAACAGGACCAUCCUCAUCUGAAAGUACAGCUCCAACUGGAACCACACCACCUGGAGUUACAACAGGACCAUCCUCAUCUGAAAGUACUGCUCCAACUGGAACCACACCACCUGGAGUUACAACAGGACCAUCCUCAUCUGAAAGUACAGCUCCAACAGGAACUAAACCACCUGGAGUUACAACAGAACCAUCCUCAUCUGAAAGUACAGCUCCAACAGGAACUAAACCACCUGGAGUUACAACAGGACCAUCCUCAUCUGAAAGUACUGCAUCAACUGGAACCACACCACCUGGAGUUACAACAGGACCAUCCUCAUCUGAAAGUACAGCUCCAACUGGAACCACACCACCUGGAGUUACAACAGGACCAUCCUCAUCCGAAAGUACAGCUCCAACAGGAACUAAACCACCUGGAGUUACAACAGGACCAUCCUCAUCUGAAAGUACAGCUCCAACUGGAACCACACCACCUGGAGUUACAACAGGACCAUCCUCAUCUGAAAGUACAGCUCCAACUGGAACAACACCACCUGGAGUUACAACAGGACCAUCCUCAUCUGAAAGUACUGCUCCUACUGGAACCACACCACCUGGAGUUACAACAGGACCAUCCUCAUCUGAAAGUACUACUCAAACUGGAACCACAAUGCCUGGAGUUACAACAGGACCAUUCUCUUCUGAAUCUACAUCACCUGAAACAUCUCCAACUACACCAUCAUCAGCAACAGGUUGUUCCCUUACAAUGACACCUCAAUCUCCUGAUGGUAGUGCUAAAUAUGUUACAUCUACUUCACAAUAUGAUCAGAAUAGAAAAAUUGACUAUAUUAAUAAUAAGGAUAAUAAUCUUCAGAAGAUUAAUGCACCAAAUGGUUCAAAAGUGUUGUCUCCCACAGAUAAGUUGUCCUUUAGUGGUUCUGAAUUCAAAUACAUCUAUGUAGAGCUAGCACCUGAAAUUAAUGGAUCUCUUCCAAAGUCAGGAUCAUUUGCUAUAGACUACUUUGGUGGUUCAAUUUUCAAAGUUGAGGAUAAGGAUGGUAAAUUCCUUAACAUAUAUUUACUGAUUUUGAUUGUACCACCUACAAGUAUGCAACUUGAUGCAUCUUUUGAAGGAAAAGUAUUUAUUGCUAAGGAUAUUACUCUUGAGACAGUACAAGAAGCAAAUAAGAGACCUUCAGUGUAUGUUAUAUCAGACAAAGAUAAUAAAAUUACACAAGAAUCUUGUGAAGAAAUUCCUCCUGGUACAGAAUCCACACAGACAACUCAGGGCCCUCCAACAGAGCCACAAUUGAGUACUACAGCUGAAAUAGUUCCUACUACAACUAGUCCAAUAGUUUUUACAACUGAACAAACUUCAAGAAAAACUACAUCACCUGGAGUUACAACAGGACCAUCCUCAUCUGAAAGUACAGCUCCAACUGGAACCACACCACCUGGAGUUACAACAGGACCUUCCUCAUCUGAAAGUACAGCUCCAACAGGAACUACACCACCUGGAGUUACAACAGGACCAUCCUCAUCUGAAAGUACAGCUCCAACUGGAACCACACCACCUGGAGUUACAACAGGACCAUCCUCAUCUGAAAGUACAGCUCCUACUGGAACCACACCACCUGGAGUUACAACAGGACCAUCCUCAUCUGAAAGUACAGCUCAAACUGGAACUACACCACCUGGAGUUACAACAGGACCAUCCUCAUCUGAAAGUACAGCUCUAACUGGAACCACACCACCUGGAGUUACAACAGGACCAUCCUCAUCUGAAAGUACAGCUCCUACUGGAACCACACCACCUGGAGUUACAACAGGACCAUCCUCAUCUGAAAGUACAGCUCCAACUGGAACCACACCACCUGGAGUUACAACAGGACCAUCCUCAUCUGAAAGUACUGCUCCAACUGGAACCACACCACCUGGAGUUACAACAGGACCAUCCUCAUCUGAAAGUACAGCUCCAACAGGAACUAAACCACCUGGAGUUACAACAGGACCAUCCUCAUCUGAAAGUACAGCUCCAACAGGAACUAAACCACCUGGAGUUACAACAGGACCAUCCUCAUCUGAAAGUACUGCAUCAACUGGAACCACACCACCUGGAGUUACAACAGGACCAUCCUCAUCUGAAAGUACAGCUCCAACAGGAACUAAACCACCUGGAGUUACAACAGGACCAUCCUCAUCUGAAAGUACAGCUCCAACAGGAACUACACCACCUGGAGUUACAACAGGACCAUCCUCAUCUGAAAGUACAGCUCCAACAGGAACUACACCACCUGGAGUUACAACAGGACCAUCCUCUUCUGAAUCUACAUCACCUGAAACAUCUCCAACUACACCAUCAUCAGCAACAGGUUGUUCCCUUACAAUGACACCUCAAUCUCCUGAUGGUAGUGCUAAAUAUGUUACAUCUACUUCACAAUAUGAUCAGAAUAGAAAAAUUGACUAUAUUAAUAAUAAGGAUAAUAAUCUUCAGAAGAUUAAUGCACCAAAUGGUUCAAAAGUGUUGUCUCCCACAGAUAAGUUGUCCUUUAGUGGUUCUGAAUUCAAAUACAUCUAUGUAGAGCUAGCACCUGAAAUUAAUGGAUCUCUUCCAAAGUCAGGAUCAUUUGCUAUAGACUACUUUGGUGGUUCAAUUUUCAAAGUUGAGGAUAAGGAUGGUAAAUUCCUUAACAUAUAUUUACUGAUUUUGAUUGUACCACCUACAAGUAUGCAACUUGAUGCAUCUUUUGAAGGAAAAGUAUUUAUUGCUAAGGAUAUUACUCUUGAGACAGUUCAAGAAGCAAAUAAGAGACCUUCAGUGUAUGUUAUAUCAGACAAAGAUAAUAAAAUUACACAAGAAUCUUGUGAAGAAAUUCCUCCUGGUACAGAAUCCACACAGACAACUCAGGGCCCUCCAACAGAGCCACAAUUGAGUACUACAGCUGAAAUAGUUCCUACUACAACUAGUCCAAUAGUUUUUACAACUGAACAAACUUCAAGAAAAACUACAUCACCUGGAGUUACAACAGGACCAUCCUCAUCUGAAAGUACAGCUCCAACUGGAACCACACCACCUGGAGUUACAACAGGACCUUCCUCAUCUGAAAGUACAGCUCCAACAGGAACUACACCACCUGGAGUUACAACAGGACCAUCCUCAUCUGAAAGUACAGCUCCAACUGGAACCACACCACCUGGAGUUACAACAGGACCAUCCUCAUCUGAAAGUACAGCUCCUACUGGAACCAUACCACCUGGAGUUACAACAGGACCAUCCUCAUCUGAAAGUACAGCUCUAACUGGAACCACACCACCUGGAGUUACAACAGGACCAUCCUCAUCUGAAAGUACAGCUCCUACUGGAACCACACCACCUGGAGUUACAACAGGACCAUCCUCAUCUGAAAGUACAGCUCCAACUGGAACCACACCACCUGGAGUUACAACAGGACCAUCCUCAUCUGAAAGUACUGCUCCAACUGGAACCACACCACCUGGAGUUACAACAGGACCAUCCUCAUCUGAAAGUACAGCUCCAACAGGAACUAAACCACCUGGAGUUACAACAGGACCAUCCUCAUCUGAAAGUACAGCUCCAACAGGAACUAAACCACCUGGAGUUACAACAGGACCAUCCUCAUCUGAAAUUACAGCUCCAACAGGAACUAAACCACCUGGAGUUACAACAGGACCAUCCUCAUCUGAAAGUACAGCUCCAACAGGAACUACACCACCUGGAGUUACAACAGGACCAUCCUCAUCUGAAAGUACAGCUCCAACAGGAACUACACCACCUGGAGUUACAACAGGACCAUCCUCUUCUGAAUCUACAUCACCUGAAACAUCUCCAACUACACCAUCAUCAGCAACAGGUUGUUCCCUUACAAUGAACCCUCAAUCUCCUGAUGGUAGUGCUAAAUAUGUUACAUCUACUAUACAAUUUGAUCAGAAUAGAAAAAUUGACUAUAUUAAUAAUAAGGAUAAUAAUCUUCAGAAGAUUAAUGCACCAAAUGGUUCAAAAGUGUUGUCUCCCACAGAUAAGUUGUCCUUUAGUGGUUCUGAAUUCAAAUACAUCUAUGUAGAGCUAGCACCUGAAAUUAAUGGAUCUCUUCCAAAGUCAGGAUCAUUUGCUAUAGACUACUUUGGUGGUUCAAUUUUCAAAGUUGAGGAUAAGGAUGGUAAAUUCCUUAACAUAUAUUUACUGAUUUUGAUUGUACCACCUACAAGUAUGCAACUUGAUGCAUCUUUUGAAGGAAAAGUAUUUAUUGCUAAGGAUAUUACUCUUGAGACAGUACAAGAAGCAAAUAAGAGACCUUCAGUGUAUGUUAUAUCAGACAAAGAUAAUAAAAUUACACAAGAAUCUUGUGAAGAAAUUCCUCCUGGUACAGAAUCCACACAGACAACUCAGGGCCCUCCAACAGAGCCACAAUUGAGUACUACAGCUGAAAUAGUUCCUACUACAACUAGUCCAAUAGUUUUUACAACUGAACAAACUUCAAGAAAAACUACAUCACCUGGAGUUACAACAGGACCAUCCUCAUCUGAAAGUACAGCUCCAACUGGAACCACACCACCUGGAGUUACAACAGGACCUUCCUCAUCUGAAAGUACAGCUCCAACAGGAACUACACCACCUGGAGUUACAACAGGACCAUCCUCAUCUGAAAGUACAGCUCCAACUGGAACCACACCACCUGGAGUUACAACAGGACCAUCCUCAUCUGAAAGUACAGCUCCUACUGGAACCACACCACCUGGAGUUACAACAGGACCAUCCUCAUCUGAAAGUACAGCUCCAACUGGAACCACAACACCUGGAGUUACAACAGGACCAUCCUCAUCUGAAAGUACAACAUCUAGAACAACUGAAACUACUCCUGAAUUAGUUUGUCAAAACAUCGUUGACUUGACAGAUAAGAAUCUAUCAGAAUUACCUAUUACACAAUUUGUAAUUAAUCCUACUAGUGUUGAACGACAAAACGCAAGUUUUAAAGUUCCACCUAGCAUUUCUACUGUAGAAAUAUCAACAGUACUUUAUCAGGGAGGUCAGCUUAUGGCAGUUGGAAUAGAUGGAGAUGUAUCUUCUUAUCAAGUUCGAAUUUUGGAUGGAAAAGCUGUUCUUUCAGAACCCAUCAAGAACAAUAAUGGUGAAGAAACAUUCCAGCCAUCAUCUACUUCAAGAAACUUUUUCAAUGCCAACAUAGCUGCUUCCUCUUCAAUUAAAAUUGUCAUAACUGGUCCAUCAAAUGGAUUUCAGUUUAACAUAAGUGAAUUGAAGCUAUGCUUGCCAAAACUUAAAUAUUGUACUCUGAAUUCUGAAGAAAAAAUACUGACAGCAUUAAAAUUCUUACCAGCAAAUAAUGUUUUGGGUUCUACUCAGAACAAUAAAACUGUUUACUAUGGCUAUAAUGGUGAUAUUAUUGAAGAUGGUGUUGUGGUGACAGGUUCUUGCUACUCAUGCUCUUGCAAGGAAUAUUUACUAGUUUGUGAUGUAGCAGAAGAAGAGUGUGCUAAAUGCCCAGAACCAAUAGUUCAAUGUGUGGGAGACUGCAAUAAUGCUUUUACAUCAGUAACAUUUAAUGAAGAUGGUGUUCCUGAUCACUGUUUCAAUUCUUCUGUCCCAUGUGUACCAGAUGGCUGCUCUACUACUCCUCAUCAGUGUCCAGGUCCUUGGUCAGGAUGGACACCAUGUUCAAGCACUUGUCAAAAGUUCCGUAACCGAACUUGUGGUAGUGAUUGUGAUGCUGACUGUGUUACCUCCUAUAAUCUGACUGACUCCCAGUCUUGUGACAUCUGUGUAACAGUAACCACAGGUCCAAUAUGUGAUGAUAAUGAAGUUCCUGCUUGUGUCAGCAAGUAUGAUGAAUGCAUAGAAUCUUGUGCUGUGUAUAGGAAGAACUCCACUUGUGAUUCUCUUUUGGAUGAUAUUACUUGUGUUGAAAAAUGCCAAUGCAAAGAUGGUUAUAGGAGGAAUGCAUUUGGUGAUUGUGUGAAACUUACAGAAUGUGAGUGUUAUAAAGACAGUGGAAGCUCUACCCCAAUACCACAAACUUACAUUGUAAACAUUAGUAAAUGUGGCUACUGCUUAUGUAACGAAGCUGGAUACAGUUGUAAGGAGCGUGAAGGCUGUUGUGAGAUACAAGAAUGGACUGAAUGGUCACCAUGUGAUGUAACUUGUGGAACAGGAUCACGUUCAAGACAAAGAAAAAUAUUAGGCGAUAGUUGUUCAAAAAGUGAACAAAGUUCAGAAAGUAAAGUAUGUCAACCUGGUGAAUGUCCUUGUUUCUACAACGGACAAUUCUGGGAAGCAGGAAAAGUUGUUACUGACAAAUGCCAGGAAUGCACUUGUCGCAACGGUGAAGUAAACUGUUUGGAAAUCCUCAACUUAGGCAAUGAAGUAUGGCCCAAUGAUGAAUGUACAGAGAAAUGUUAUUGCAACACCAACGGAACUAUGGAAUGCUCCUACAGUCAGGAAUAUGCUGAAUGUAGAGAUGUCAUUGAUAACUGUGACCUUACCACCAAUGUCCUUGAAGAUACUGAUGAUGCAUGCUGCAAGCGUUGUGUACCAAAGAUGAUCCCAUGUACUUACAAAGCUGAGAGUAGUGUUAUGCUUAACAUCACAACUGAAGACAAUGGUCUCUGCGUCUCUGUUGAACCUCAAGAAGUUGGCUCCUGCUCUGGAACAUGUGGCGUUAGCUCAGACAGUAUUGUGAGGACAAUGUUCCAGAACGGCAGAUUGGAACUCAUCACUGCACAGAACUGUGCUUGCUGUAAGGCUUCUAUAGAAUUCAAAUCUGUCAGUUUCAGUUGUGAAUAUAAUGGCCAAGUCCAAUAUGAUGUCAGCUACAUAUCUGGAUGCAACUGUGAACGCUGUGGAUAAUUGACAUGUACAGCUCCGCCAUUGAUACAAAUAUUAUGUUGAAUUAUGCUUAAAGGAAUGUAACAUUUUUCAAGUCAAUAAAAAAAUAUGAAUAGAAAUACAUUA